AUUUUAUAGGCUACUUCCAACGGUAUUAUCGGAUCAUGUAUUCCUAUGAUCAUGUUUGUCUCUCUCUGACUCAGUUUUAUGGAUUGAUGGUGGUUGUGAUCACUUCUUUUAACGCACUUUUCUUUUAAUUUGGAAAGAAAAAGUAAAACAAAAUAAAAUAAAGAAAAAUAGAAUUCAUGAUAUUGAGAACUCUACGAAUGGUGAAUUUUCAAUGCGUGCUAUUCGGUGUGGGCAAAUUCCUGUGAAUUUUCAAUCUAGCUACAGCGCUGUAGUCCCGGGUGAGCCACCCUUUUGGAACAAUGAGCUCUGCAAGUGAAAAUGAAUUAGACUGCCUUGGAUGGGCGGCAAGGGAUGCAUCUGGUGUUCUCUCGCCGUACAAGUUCAGCCGUAGGGCUGUUGGAAGAGAUGAUGUUUCAAUAAAAAUCACGCACUGCGGAGUCUGUUAUGCUGAUUUAGUUUGGACCAGAAACAAAACAGGAGACUCAAAAUAUCCUCUAGUGCCUGGGCAUGAGAUUGUUGGAAUUGUGAAAGAGGUUGGUUCCGAUGUCCACCGUUUCAAAGCAGGCGAUCAUGUUGGGGUUGGAACUUUUAUUAACUCAUGCAGAGAAUGCGAGUAUUGUAAUGAUGAGAUAGAAGUUCAUUGUGAAAAGGGAGUUGUUUCCACUUUUAAUGGCAUCGAUGUGGAUGGUACAAUAACAAAAGGAGGAUACUCCAAUUACAUUGUUGUCCAUGAAAGGUACUGCUUCACAAUUCCUGACAGCUAUCCAUUGGCUUCAGCAGCACCUUUACUCUGUGCUGGAAUUACAGUUUACGCUCCCAUGAUGAGCCAUAAGAUGAAUCAGCCUGGCAAAUCUCUAGGAGUGAUUGGCCUUGGUGGUCUUGGUCACAUGGCAGUGAAGUUUGGGAAGGCUUUGGGGCUGAAAGUGACAGUUUUCAGCACAAGCGUAUCCAAGAGAGAGGUAGCCCUGAGUGUGCUUGGUGCAGACAGAUUUGUGGUUUCAUCCAACCUAGAGCAGAUGGCGGCCUUGGCUAAGUCAUUGGACUUUAUAAUUGACACUGCAUCUGGUGAUCAUCCUUUUGAUCCAUACAUGUCACUCUUAAAGGUUGCUGGUACUCUGGUCCUGGUGGGUCUCCCUAGUGAGGUCAAAUUCAGUCCACUAAGCCUUUUACGAGGUAGGAUUACUGUUUCUGGUAGUGCAACUGGAGGUACAAAAGAGACACAAGAAAUGUUAAACUUCUGUGCUGCUCACAAAAUUUAUCCUGAGACUGAAGUAAUUCCGAUUCAGUAUGUAAAUGAAGCGCUUGAAAGGCUGAUAAAGAGAAACGUCAAGUACCGGUUUGUGAUUGAUGUGGAGAACUCCCUGGAAUGACACCAUGUAGAAAAAGUGGGACCUCUCUUUCAAUAUAUACACUAAUAAGUUAAAAGUGGAUUUUAGGAGCUGGACCAGAUAGAUUAAAACUCAAAAGAAUAAGGUCAUUGGUGAUAUUUCAUUUCUGGGUGGCAUAACAUUUGCUUUUAUGUAACAAUAUGUAGGCCUGAAUCUUCUGCAUAAUUCAAGUAGUUGAAAUAAUUUGAAGUUACGGGGUUAUAUUUGCUUUUCCCAUUAGUAAUGAAUGUGUUUUCAUCUGAAACUAAAUUAAUAAAUAGGAUGGAAUUUCGAUAGUUAA